ACGACGUCUAUCUCCAUUCAUAAUACCGAAAACAUGAUGUUUUGCUUGGCUAUACACUUUCUGCUCCUUGUAUCAUCUUGCAGUGCUGCAAACUCGAACCUUUUCCGCGAGUACAUUGGCGCUGAAUCUGAUUCGGUUAAGUUAUCCGAUGUGCCGAUAAACCCUAAAGUCGAAGUCCAUUUCAUCCUAGCAUUCGCAAUCGAUUACACCCCCGAUAAUCACCCGUCACCGACAAAUGGCAAAUUCAAUGUUUUCUGGGAAACCAACCAUUUGGGUCCUUCAGAAAUAGCAUCCAUUAAAGCCAAGAACUCAAAUGUCAAAGUGGCUGUUAGUUUGGGUGGUGAUAGUGUUGUCAAUGACAGCAAUAAGGUCUACUUUUCUCCUAAAUCCAUUCACUCAUGGGUUCAAAAUGCAGUUUCUUCACUUACUAGUAUGAUCCAUCACUACAAUUUGGAUGGUAUCGAUAUCGACUAUGAACAUUUUAGGUCGGAAGAUCACGAGAAAACCUUUGUCGAAUGUAUAGGACAGCUUAUAACGAUCCUAAAGAAACGCCGCACCAUCAAAUUUGCUUCUAUCGCCCCUUAUGAAGAUGAUGGACCUGUCGAACGUCAUUACUUGGCUUUAUGGAAGAAAUACGGACACGUUAUAGAUUACGUGAAUUUCCAGUUUUACGCAUACGAUAAGCUAAGUGUUUCCCAGUUCAUACAUCACUUUAAUCAUCAACAAGCUUCAAGUUAUGCAGGAAGUCAGCUUCUAGCCAGUUUCAUAAGCAAGGGUAACUUAGGUUUGCCUCCGAAUGACGGAUUCUUCGAGGCCUGCAAAGAGUUAAAGAGACACGGGAAGCUUGGAGGCAUAUCGGUCUGGUGUGCCGAUGAAUCCAAAGCCUUUGGUUUCCGAUAUGAAAAAACAUCUCAGGCCUUGUUAGCAACAUAA